CAUAAUGCAUGUUUGAACAAGAUGAUCAGAACGUUUGGCUAGCUGCAGGACCCCAGGACGCAUAGGAGCUAGCCCCCCGUGCAAUAUAAUUCACUAAAAUCAUUCAAUCUACCCUUUCUCUGAUGUGCUUGCUGCAAGCGGUUGGUACGGUUGUCCUCUUCCUUCCAAUAAUUACAGUCCGGAGCCUGCCACCGCAUCCAUUCAUCCAAGUGUUUGAUACGUGGCCACCUGUAUUCUGUCCUCUCUGGACCAAGCUGCCACGCACCCAUCUCCAUAUAUCUUAUGCGGCAAUACGAGAGCUCAUGCAUGGCAAAGCAUGGCCGUCGUAUCUCGCAAAAGUGCAUCCACAUGGGUCCAAGCCUAAACAACUUUUUUGGUCUAUAAAUACCCACCCCAUCUCGCCACCCUUGCUCAAGCAGCAGCCUUCAGCGUCUCUCUUUCUUUCUUUAUUUCUAAAGCCAUGGGGUCCUCCUCUUGGCUCUCCUUUUCCCUUUGCUUGUUGCUCCUGUGUCGUAUGUCCCAGGCCCAGUUUGGAUCGAGUCAAGAGAGCCCAUUUCAGAGCUCACGACGGUCGGUAUCAACUCGGAACGAGUGCCGGAUCGAGAGGCUGAAUGCCCUCGAGCCGACAAGGACUGUGAGGUCCGAAGCCGGUAUGACGGAUUACUUUGAUGAGGACAAUGAACAGUUCCGGUGCGCCGGCGUGUCCGCGAUCCGCCGAGUGAUAGAACCCAGGGGCCUUCUCCUGCCCUCCAUGUCCAAUGCCCCUCGCCUCGUCUACAUCGUCCAAGGAAGGGGUAUUGUUGGACUUGUGAUGCCCGGCUGCCCUGAAACUUUCCAAUCCUUCCAGCGAUCCGAGCGGUAUGAACGCGAGGAAGGCGGGCGACAUCGGAGGCCCAGAGAUGAACAUCAAAAAGUCUACCAGUUCGAAGAGGGAGACGUCCUGGCUGUGCCUAAUGGAUUUGCUUACUGGUGCUACAACAAUGGGGAGAAUCCUGUUGUCGCGAUCACCGUCCUCGACACCAGCAACGACGCUAACCAGCUCGAUCGCAGCCACAGACAAUUCUUAUUGGCUGGAAGGCAGGAGGAAGGCCGGCAACGAUAUCGCCGUGAGGAGAGCAUGAAGGAAAACAUCCUGAGAGGGUUCAGCACCGAGUCGCUGGCAGCGGCUUUUGGCGUUAACAUGGAGCUGGCAAGGAAGCUCCAGUGCAGGGAUGACACAAGGGGCGAGAUCGUCCGGGUGGAGAACGGGCUUCAGGUGCUGAGGCCCUCAAGGAGGGAGGAAGAAGAGAGGGAAGAGAGUAGAAGUAUAAAUGGAAUGGAGGAGACCUAUUGCUCGAUGAAGAUUAAGCAGAACAUUGAGGAUCCAAGGCGUGCCGACGUGUUCAACCCAAGGGGCGGAAGGAUUACUACCCUCAACAGCGAGAAGCUCCCGAUCCUCAGGUUUAUCCAAAUGAGUGCUCAGAGGGUGGUUCUCUACAGGGGAGGUUGCUGAUGACAAGGGCGAGAGUGUGUUCGACGGAGAGCUCCACCAAGGUCAGCUCUUGAUCGUCCCGCAAAACUAUGCAGUGUUGGAAUGGGCGGAAAGUGAAGGCUUCCAGUUGGUAUCGAUCAAGACCAGCGACCGGGCCAUGGUGAGCAGCAUCGUUGGGAAGAUGUCGGCUCUCCGGGGCAUGCCGGAGGAGGUGCUGAUGAACUCCUACCGCAUCUCAAGGGACGAAGCAAGGAGGGUCAAACUCACCAGGGGGGACGAGGUGGCGAUCUUCACUCCUAGGAGAGAGUCCAGAGCUGAAGCUUGAUGCGAUCUUACUUAGCAGGGAGUGCUGCUACGAGUAGAGAGACCUUAGUGAGCGGUGGUGGAUAAAUUAGUAAAUAGAGUCUGUGAGCUAGGAGGUUGGCUCUAUGUCCUCUGCAUAUGAGUUAUCUAAUAAUAAAAUGAAAUGUCCGCCUGCGAGCUAGCUAGGACAUGGAUGUUUCCUAAUUAA